AUGCACAUGAGCUUCAGUGGCCUGCGGGCCCUGGUGACCGGGGCUGGGAAAGGCAUCGGACGGGACACUGUGAAGGCCCUGCAUGCCUCUGGGGCCAGAGUGGUGGCUGUCAGCAGGACUCGUUCAGACCUCGUCAGCCUGACCAACGAGUGCCCUGGUGUCGAGCCCGUGUGUGUAGACCUGGGUGACUGGGAGGCCACGGAGCGUGCAUUGGGUGGCGUGGGCCCUGUGGACCUGCUGGUGAACAAUGCUGCUGUGGCCCUGCUACAUCCCUUUCUGGAGGUCACCAAGGAGGUCUUUGACAGGUCCUUCCACGUGAACCUACGAGCAGUCUUCCAGGUGUCCCAGAUCGUGGCCCGGGGCAUGAUUGCGCGUGGUGUGCCAGGCUCCAUCGUCAAUGUGUCCAGCAUGGUGGCCCAUGUCGCCUUCCCUUCCCUGUCAGCCUACAGCUCCACCAAGGGCGCAAUGACCAUGCUGACCAAGACCAUGGCCUUGGAGCUGGGACCUCACAAGAUCCGGGUAAACUCAGUGAACCCCACGGUGGUGCUGACCAACAUGGGCAAGAGAGUUUCUGAAGACCCAGAGUUUGCCAGGAAGCUGAAAGAGCGUCACCCACUAAAGAAAUUUGCAGAGGUGGAGGACGUGGUAAACAGCAUUCUCUUCCUACUGAGCGACUACAGUGCCUCCACCAGCGGCUCGGGCAUUCUGGUGGAUGCUGGCUACUUGGCUUCUUAG